AUUAUAGAUCCUGAAAAACCUCUUUAACAUAGAAAUAACAAUUGAAAAAAGAGAAGAAAACAUCCAAACACAAAGAGAGAGGAAAAUGAAUAAACAUGGAAGAAGCAAAUGGAGUGGGAAGAAGGUGAUGUUUGGGGUAUUAAUUAUGGGAUUGUGCAUUACUGCUUAUGUAGCUGGUCCACCCCUCUAUUGGCACAUCUCUGAAUCUAUUUCUUCAUCCACUCACUAUUCUUGCCCUUCUUGUCCUUGUGAUUGCUCUACUGAUCAACCCCUUCAUUCUUUUUCACAAGGUGUGAAUGUGAGUACUUUUACAGAUUGCAUGGAACAUGAUCUGGGGGUGAGCGAUGAAGAGGAGAGAAACUUCACAGCUCUUUUGACAGAUGAAUUAAAGCAAAUGGAAAGUGAAACACUGGAAAACCAGAGAAGAGCAGACAUGGCACUGCUCGAGGCAAAAAAGAUGGUGUCCCAAUAUCAAAAGGAAGCAGACAAAUGUACAUCAGGGAUGGGAACUUGUGAAGAAGCUAGAGAAAAGGCUGAAAUUGCUUUAGAAGCACAGAGACAAAUCACUUCUAUGUGGGAACUCAGAGCACGCCAUCAAGGUUGGAAACAAGAGCUUGUUUAAGUUAAUUAGAGCCUAGACAAGUUCUCAAUGAAGCAAGUAAACAGGCACUUCACCAAUUUCUGAUAGCUAAUAUUAGUAUUCGGCUAGUCCGGACAUUUCCCUAAUUUUCCUCACAAUUGAAGUCACAAGGCCAGAAACAAUCAGACAGUAUUAUUUUAGAUAAGCAAGGAACAGAAACAUCUCGAUCUUUUUAUAGUUUUAACGGUUUGGAUUCACUUCAGGAAAUAUAUCUUUCUCCUCAAAGUAUACCUUCACUCUGGAGCACAAACUGGUUGAAAUGUUACGCAAAUUACAUUGUAUAAGACCAUUCCCUCAAACCAGAGCUUGAACA